AUGAUGCAGAGCGCAGCUGUCCCCGCGGAGGGGGCUGUCAAGGGGCUCCCGGAGAUGCUUGGUGUGCCGAUGCAACAGAUCCCCCAGUGUGCUGGCUGCAACCAGCACAUCCUGGACAAGUUUAUCCUCAAGGUCCUGGACAGACACUGGCACAGCUCCUGUCUCAAGUGUGCGGACUGCCAGAUGCAGCUGGCUGACCGGUGCUUCUCCAGGGCUGGCAGCGUCUACUGCAAGGAGGAUUUCUUCAAGCGCUUCGGCACAAAAUGCACAGCCUGCCAGCAGGGCAUCCCCCCGACCCAGGUGGUCCGCAAGGCACAGGACUUCGUCUACCAUCUGCACUGCUUCGCCUGCAUCAUCUGUAACCGGCAGCUGGCCACGGGGGACGAGUUCUACCUCAUGGAGGACGGGCGACUGGUGUGCAAGGAGGACUACGAGACAGCCAAGCAGAAUGAUGACUCAGAGGCUGGAGCUAAGCGGCCCCGGACCACCAUCACAGCAAAGCAGCUGGAGACGUUGAAGAACGCCUAUAAGAACUCCCCUAAGCCCGCCCGGCAUGUGAGGGAGCAGCUGUCCUCGGAGACAGGCCUGGACAUGAGGGUUGUACAGGUUUGGUUUCAGAACAGAAGGGCCAAGGAGAAGCGACUGAAGAAGGACGCGGGGCGGCACCGCUGGGGGCAGUUCUACAAGAGCGUCAAGAGGAGCCGGGGAGGCAGCAAGCAGGAGAAGGAGAGCUCCACGGAGGACUGUGGGGUUAGUGACAGUGAGCUGAGCUUCCGAGAGGAUCAGAUUCUCUCAGAACUUGGCCACACCAAUAGGAUUUAUGGCAACGUGGGGGACGUUUCAGGCGGACAGUUAAUGAAUGGGAGCUUCUCCAUGGACGGGACAGGACAAUCCUAUCAGGACUUGAGGGAUGGGAGCCCCUAUGGAAUCCCCCAGUCUCCAUCCUCCAUCUCGUCCCUGCCAUCCCACGCUCCUUUGCUCAAUGGGCUGGAUUACACGGUGGACAGUAACUUGGGCAUCAUUGCGCACGCAGGGCAGGGAGUAAGCCAGACGCUGAGAGCCAUGGCUGGGGGACCCACCUCUGACAUCUCCACAGGAAGCAGUGUAGGCUAUCCCGACUUUCCGACUAGCCCGGCCUCUUGGCUCGAUGAAAUGGAUCAUCCUCCUUUUUAA